CUGUCUCUGUCUAAGGUGAAAUCAUUUACACCAACUGGUGGCCUGUGAGCUGUAUGCAGCUGGUGAGGGGAGAAUUUGUAGCCCCUGGGCUCCCACGCAUGUACUGCUGCUCCACCCCAUUGUUCCUGCAACAACAACUUAGGUCUCUGGGCUCUACCUCUGUCCUCCAGUUUCCAUAGGGGGCAGGGCAGGGCAGUGGAGCUUGCCCUGCCAGGGAAGCCCACAGUGCUACUGUGGUGUGGUGGGAAAACUCAUCUGGAGAGCUGAGGCCAGAACAUGGUGUGGGUGAAAGGUGGGGGGUCUGGCAUAUGAUGUGAGGGGGAAUGGUGCUGAUACAUGGGUGAGAUACAGCAGGUACCACAAAUUGCUUAGAAGUUGGACAUCCUGAUCUAGACAUGCUUAUGUGCCUAUCCUUGCACAGUUAAUGUAAAAAACCAUUUCUAAGUCUUAACUCAGUUGUCAUGAAGCUACACUUGAAAACACUAAGUACACAAUAUUAUUUCUGGCAGUAACUAAAAGUGUGACUAAAUAGAGAUAUCACUUGUUAAUUUGAACUGAAAAUGUGGUUUAUAAACAACUUUCAUGACUUUGGUAUAACAGUGUAUGAAAUAAGCCAGAGUUCUCACAUAAUUCACAUUCAUUUUUGCAUGUUGACUGCAGAGCUGCAGUAGCCUUUAUAAUGCAAUCCCAGAUCCUUUGGCUCUGUAAUCACCGCUACUCUGAGAAUCUUAAAUGUAAGGCUGGAAAGUACCUGAGUAGGUCAUCUAGUCAGUUUCCUGCUGAGGUAUGUUCAAGAAUUUCUGCACAUUCCCAUUUCUCUAAGUUGUUCCUGACCUCUGAACUGAAUAUACUACAAAGAAAUACUGCAUCAACAAUCUGCUUAUUUUAAGAUCUAUUUAAAACCUGUCUACCUUGACAUGUAUUCCUUCCAGUUUGUGCUAUACUUCUGAUUGCAACGUCUGGACUAGUCUAAUACUAGGGCUUUACCUGAUGCUUUUGUAGGUUGUAUUUUACUUCUGGUGUUAAAGGUAGUUCAGUAUUGACCUACUCAGUGAUGCAAGUGCUAUGAUUUAGAGCCCAUUGUAACUGAAGUUGUGAUCACUUAUUUCUUAAAGAUCUGUGAUGCUUACAGAAGUAGAGGUGUGUAUUUUUUGAGUUUGUCAGGCUGCCUAGUACCAGUUUGAAGUUGAUCCAUGUUGAGGGCUGUAAAAAACAGCAUAAAGUGGCCACCCAUGACCUGCUAGGCUUUGAGUUCAUGAGACCCUUUUGACUGGUCUAAUGCUGCAGAGUUUUCUAAGGAGCUAGGAGUAUUUUCUUACUUGCAACUAUCUCCAGGAUCAGUAGGAGCACCUCCAAAGUAGACAUGGGGGAGGAGAGAUGUGUAGUUGGGGAGCUGCUGAUACUGGGGAAAGUUGGAAUGGGUCUACUUUUGGCUCUUAGAAGGAGCUUAUUUUGGCUCGAGAUUUGAAAAUCUGAAAAAUGCUUUUGAGACGUGAUUAGAACUGUUCAUACCAUGGGCAUGUUAGCUCAGGAAUCCAGUGCUAACUUUAAUGUUUCAUAGUAGGUAGGGUCGGACAAACAUUGUAUUUCUGUGUUCAAAAACAAUGGCGCUCCACUAUUUCCCUGCAGAUUAUUUAUUUAAAUUUUGCUGCUAGAUGGGCAAUUGCCCCUUCAUAGGAGCAUCCAUCUUUGAAAUUUAAGUAGAUGUGAAAGCUCAGUGCAUGCCACAGCAUAUAGAACUAAAAUGGGGGGGAGAGAGAGAGGGGUACUUAAGAACAGGUAGCAGACAUGCAGCAGGAGAACAGCCAAGGUCUUUUGGUCUUUUGGGGGCCUAGAAAGCCACAUUUGUUCACAUGCAGUGCAAGGAGAGCUCUGCAUGGCUUGAGGCUAAGGAGUCGUUUAAAGGUAAAAGAACCUCAAGGAGUUGGCGUUUAGGAGGAUACUUGAGAUAUUUCAAGAGCCUGCAGGCUUGCUACCCAGUGUGUUUGAUGCAAAUAUUGUAAACCCCAGUGGAGGAAAAAAGGAGUCCCACCUUCCUAUCUCUAUUUGGACUCCCUCCCUUCCCCUCCUUCCAAGGCAUGCACAGACUUUUCUGAUAGAUGAGAUGAUGGGAGCUGGGAGCCAUCUGACUAGGUAGAUGGUGAGGAUGGCAAAACUUUAAAGUGCAAUGCUGAGCUGUAGGUGGUGCUAAGAACAGGAAUUGUAUGCACACUACAGAUAGUUAGCAAUGAGGAAAGGGAGGCAUUGAAGACAGGCUUGGUCCAUGGUGCAGGCAAUACAGAGCUGAGAAGAUAUGUGUGUGUGCCUUUAAUUUGCAAUGUGGAAGAAGGAUUUGAGAGCUGCUGUACAUUCUCCAGCAUUGGAGCUCUGUAAUCCAUGCCUUUAGCACCCUAUUCUCAGCAUCUAGUAGCUGAAGAGCAAAGAGGAAACUUUCUUACAGACCCUGCCUGAGCCAACCACAGAGAAAGCUUCUUGUGGCCAGAAGUAAUGACCUUCCUACAGCAGUGGGCAAAGUGGUUCAGAUGGAUGGUACUGAGCUACCUGAGCUGCUGUUAUCCCCCACAGGCCGAGGCACAGUUUCCCCGUGCCUGUAUGACAGUGGAGGCACUGCGGGCCAAGCGCUGCUGUCCAGCUUUGGGGCUAGAGCCAAGCAAUGUGUGUGGCUCCCAACAGGGCAGAGGAUCAUGCACAGAGGUGCAAGCAGAUGCCAGGCCAUGGAGUGGCCCCUACACCCUACGGAACGUGGACGAUCGGGAAAGAUGGCCCCUAAAGUUCUUCAACCAGAGCUGCCAAUGCACAGGGAACUUUGCUGGCUAUAACUGUGGUAACUGCAAGUUUGGCUGGACUGGCUCCAACUGUGAUGAAAAGAAGCCACUAGUUGUCCGGAAGAACAUCCAUUCCAUGACAGCAGAAGAGAGAGAUCAGUUCUUAGAUGCUUUAGACCGUGCAAAGAAUACCAUUCACCCAGAUUAUGUGAUUGCUACUCAACACUGGCUGAGUCUGCUUGGGUCCAACGGAACUGAACCACAAGUUGCAAACUGUAGUAUUUAUAAUUAUUUUGUGUGGCUUCAUUACUACUCCGUCAGAGACACCCUAUUAGGGCCUGGCCGUCCAUUCACUGCUAUAGACUUCUCACAUCAAGGGCCUGCUUUUGUUACCUGGCAUAGGUAUCACUUGCUGCUGCUAGAAAGAGAUCUUCAGCAACUGACUGGCAAUGAGUCCUUUGCACUGCCUUACUGGAAUUUUGCCACAGGUAGAAAUGUGUGUGAUGUGUGUACAGAUCAGCUUUUUGGAGCAUCAAGACCAGACGAUCCAAGCCUAAUAAGUCAGAAUUCAAGAUUCUCGCGCUGGGAGAUAGUAUGCAACAGCUUGGAUGACUACAAUCGUCUGGUUACUCUGUGUAAUGGGACUAAUGAAGGGCUACUGAGAAGGAACCCACGAGGAAGGUUGAAUGAGCAGCUGCCUACCAUGGAAGAUAUUCGGAACUGUCUUUCACUCCAAGAGUUUGAUAGUCCGCCAUUUUUCCGGAAUUCCAAUUUCAGCUUCAGGAAUGCCCUGGAAGGGUUUGAAAACCCAGAUGGAACUUUUGUCUCUCCAGUGAUGAGCCUUCAUAACCUGGUUCACUCUUUCUUGAAUGGAACCAGUGCUCUCCCUCAUGCAGCAGCCAAUGAUCCAAUUUUUGUGAUUCUUCACUCUUUUACUGAUGCUGUCUUUGAUGAAUGGAUGAAGCGAGUUAACCCAUCUGACAGUGUUUGGCCUGAGGAGCUGGCACCUAUUGGCCACAAUAGGCUGUAUAACAUGGUCCCUUUCUUCCCUCCAGUGACCAAUGAUCAACUUUUUCUAACUGCAGAGCAACUUGGUUACACCUAUGCCAUUGAGCUGCCGGAGGCAUUUGAAGAAACUCAUGCUUGGGCUGUAAUGGUUGGUUCCAUACUUGGAGGAGCACUAAUCGCUUUAAUUGUACUAAUUCUGCUGCUUGCACUCUUUCAGCACAGAAGACAGAGAAAAGGCUUUGAACCAUUAAUGAAUGUAAGCUUCAAUAGAAAAAAAUAUACAGAAGAGGGCUAGUACUGUAGCACCGCUUCUACAAGUACAUGAAAUAAAAAUGGACUUGAUUAAUUGAUCAGUCCUUAGCUAGAUGUUUAACUAAUAGGCUCACACACACUCCUUUGAUGGGUACAUUUUCCUAAUCUCAACUUUUUCUGUCACUAGCAGUCCUCAGGUUUAUGUCCUCAAACAUUUUGAAGCAAGACAUGAGAGGGGAAGAUGUAGCCUAAGAUAGACUCUGGUCACAGGAAAAUGUUAGUCUAUCUGUAGCUUGUGUUUCCUAAGACCUGUUCUCCAUAGGUUUAAAUCAUGAUGCCUCUACUUGAGAGAAGGGUAAGUGUGUGAAUCAUUUUCCUUCAGUCCGUGCAUAAACAAAUACUACUAUAAUAGGCAGAAUUUCUUUAAUUAUAUAUCCUUGAAUAACAGACCAUUCUACAGUUCUUAGGAAAGUGUUGUAAAUGAAUGAUGUUAUUAAACAAAUUAAUUCAAAGAUGCCUGUCUUGGAGGGGAGCAGAGGUCCAGCUAGAUGGCAUAUCAUAAGGGACCUGUGGAGCCUCAGAAUCUGUUUAAGCCUCAGUGGGCAUGUCUACAUUUGCACCUGACUGCUCUGUUGUUACUGUACCAUUACUGCACAAUCCCAGCAGUGCAUGGGUUAUUUUCAACCGUACUGCGCAGUAGCAACAAUAGGUUGCUAUUGCUCAGUAGUGUUGGCAUCACAGUUCUUGCUAGCUGAUGCUAUGUCACCAUAGUGACAAGCCGCGGCCUUGUAGCUCACCACUAUGGCGGCGUAGCAUUUCAUGUAGGCAUGCCUAUCAGUCCUUUUGAUUUUUACUCAUAAAAUAAACACCAAAAAUGCCUCUAAACUAAAAUUUCUCAAUGUCCAAUUAGAUAAAGAGCAGGAAUUCAUUUGUAACUAAACAGAGACACUUCUGUUUGACAGCAGGGAUCUGAGUCAGGCACUGAAUUCUGCACUGGCCCUUUUUCACUUCGGCUUUACUUUAACUUCUUGGUCUAUAUUGAAAGAAGGGAGGUUGCUGGGAUUCCAACACAGGAAGUAGUCAGGGAUCAUAGGAAUGCAAAGAGCUCUCAGUAGCUCGGAGUAUUAGGAUUUCAGAGAUGCAGGGAUGAGAGUAUGUGGACCAAUGGUGAGAUAUCAGGUAGGAUAGUGAAGACGACCCCUAUGUAGGAAGGUGAAGAGGACCUCUACAUACCUUCAAGGGGCCAUAAUUCUAUAUUGAAUCUUUGGCUCAACUCUGACAGAAAGAUCAUUUGAUGUCUCUAACUGCAAUUGCUGCUCUUCUCGAAUUCCAUACAUUUACACUUAUCAGUGACCAUAUACAUGAAUAUAUUAAAAUGUAUUGAUUUACAGGAUAGAAUAGCAAACCAUUUUGCAUGUCUAAUAGUUAAAUGUUCAGACCACGAGAUUUUUUUUUUUCUGUAAAUACUGUCAGGUGGAGAAGAAAUCUAGUAAUUCAAAUUUUCUACUAAAUAUUGUAGUAUCACUGAACUGAUGUUGCUUGUGUUCAUUUUAAUUAGUGACUUAGAAAAACAUAUUCAUUCUUAUAAGUGUGGAAAAAGCUUUUUGCUGUUAAGACACUAGACUUAGUGUGUUGUCCAAGGUUUGGGAUGCAGAUAUUGAACAUCUCACCUGGACAAGAUUCAGAUACUUUUGUUCCUGGGCUGGGGAUGGGAGAGGAAGAUUAUGUUAAUUUGUUACUACCUGAUUUUAUUUCUGACUCUACUAGAAGAAUGGCUUAGCAAUGAAUUUUUCUAUAUGUUCUUGAGAACAUUUUUCCUCCCAUAACUUAAGUGCUUGAGUGCUGGAUGGUUUUUGUUGCUUCUGUGCAUCUGUUUAUCCUCAUAUUAAUGGGCUUUGUUAUUGCUGUGUUUUAUAUAUGGUAACUUUUAUAGAAUUUACUUUGUUAUUUCAUAGAAAAAUAAUGGUUUGGUUUUGUAGAUCUGAGUAAAAAGUCAAUGUAGUUCAAGGUCUGUAUCCCAUUUUUUCAUAGUUAGAAAGAUAAACUCCUUUGUAGAGAUGUGCAGAUCUUUUUUAUAUACUUAGUUCAUUUCCAGUAUGUCAUCCAAUUAUCAUUUCUGCUAAAAAGUACUUGUUUCUAAACUACUAACUUUUGGGAUCUGAGAAUAUUUUAUAAGAUACAGUAAAUAUACUUGUGGUAUGUAACAAAGAUUUUACCUAUGAUUAUAUUAGUAAAAUAUCUUAAACCAA